GAGUCAUUAUUGACCUCUGGAGAGAUCCAGACUAAGUUUUGAAACCGACCAAAAGUCGAAUUCAUCAUUGAUCAUACAAUGUCUGGAGACUCUCUGCUCACAUCUAAACAAGGAGGUUUUUUGUCCAGAUUCUCACAGCCAAAGAAUGUUACUAAAGAGUUCAACGGUUGUGAUUCCCCCAAGAGCAGCAAAUUUCACCUCUACAGAUUUGAACUCGAGCACGAUGUGCAGCGGUUAAAAGAUCAACUGCAGAAAGAGAUUGCACUGCGCGCUCUAUUGCUCAAAGCUUCAGAUCAAAGCCAUAAGAUUGAGCUGUCUCACGCAUCUUCUCUUCCGCAUAGCGUUCAAGAACUUCUCUCCAACAUAGCAGCUAUGGAAGCUGCGGUCUCUAAGCUCGAACAAGAGAUCAUGUCUCUGCAUUUCUUGCUGAUUCAAGAACGAAAUGAGAGAAAACUUGCCGAGUACAACCUCACUCAUUCGCUAUCUCCACCUAACGCUUUAGAUUUGGUUAGACUUUCCGAGAAGAACGAAACUUUACGCAGUAAAGAUCACAGAGCACAACCUAGAAGCAAACUGGCAAAGUCCUUGCAAAGUUUUGAUAAUGCUAAUGAACUAUCCAAGGAGAUGAUCAGAUGUAUGAGAAACAUAUUUGUGUCUCUAGGAGAGACAUCCGCAGGAUCCAAAUCCUCACAAGAGACUACCAGUGUUUCUUCUCGUGAGAAUCCUCCAUCAUCAUCAACAUCGUGGUGGUCUCCUUCAGAACACUCACGGAUCUCCAGGUGGGCACAGAGUCCACGGAUCGAUAUUCAGAAGAACUCAGAUGUUUUAGCAACAGAGAGCAAUGCAUUUGAUCCAUAUACAGUCCAAGGAAAGCUGAGCUGGGCUGACAUCGGGAGUUACAGAUCUGCAACUGAAGUGGCUUCAAUGUCUGUUGAGGAGAAAAGGCUCGCAUAUGCUUCAGAUGAGUUAUGGAGAUUCAGGAACCUCGUCGAAAGACUUGCCAGAGUAAAUCCAACAGAACUAAGCCACAAUGAGAAGCUCGCCUUCUGGAUCAACAUACACAAUGCCAUGAUCAUGCAUGCAUACUUAGCUUACGGCGUACCAAAAACUGAUUUAAAGCUCUUCUCCUUGAUGCAAAAGGCUGCUUAUACAGUUGGUGGACAUUCAUACAACGCAGUAACGAUCGAAUACAUGACUCUAAAGAUGAGCCCUCCUCUGCAUCGUCCUCAAAUUGCUCUGCUUCUCUCCAUUCUCAAGCUGAAAGUAUCAGAUGAACAGAGACAAGCGGGGAUAAGUACACCUGAACCUCUAGUGUCAUUUGCUCUCAGCUGCGGAAUGCACUCAUCUCCUGCGGUGAGGAUAUACACAGCCGAGAACGUAGGAGAAGAACUGGAAGAAGCUCAGAAAGAUUAUAUCCAGGCGUCAGUGGGAGUGAGCCCCAGGGGGAAGUUGAUUGUGCCCCAAAUGCUUCACUGUUUUGCCAAGAAAUCUGUCGAUGACUGCAAGGUUGCUCUGUGGAUUUCACGUCAUUUGCCUCCUCGCCAAGCUGCAUUUGUUGAGCAGUGUAUUCACCGGCGACAACGGUGGGGUUUUCUGGGUUCAUCUAGUAGCAAAUGCGGUGUAGUUCCCUUUGAUUCACGGUUCCGGUAUUUGUUUCUUCCGUAGCAAGGCAUUGAUAUGCAAUGAUGUGAUUAAAGCAAAUACUGUUCC